GUUUGGAUCAGUGACAUAUCCAAAAACAAACACAAAUUUGUACUAUAUUACUCGUAAAAUCAAGAAGAAAACUUCAGAAGAGAAAGUGAAGGAGAUAGAAGCUAGUAAUGCAGAAACCACUGAUCAAUCUCCAUCAAAGACUCCAUUUCCUCACCAAGAAACACAUAUUCUUUGCACUCUAUCUUCUUCUCCUCUUAGCUCUCAUCCAACUCCACCACCAACAUAAGAAAUCUUUGAUCUCUCAUGAAGUAAUGAGAACAAAAGCAGAAGAUGGCAGUGCUGGAAGAGCUAAUAUGAAGUGUGACUUCUCUAUAGGAAAGUGGAUAAGAAACAAAGCUAAACCAAUUUACAACGGAACAAGCUGUGGGACAAUCAAGGAAGGCCAGAACUGCAUGGCCAAUGGCCGGCCGGACACUGGCUACCUCCACUGGCGGUGGCAGCCGGUGGGGUGUGACCUCCACCCUUUCCACCCUUCCUUAUUUCUAACUUUAAUCCAGAACAAACACUUAGCCUUUGUGGGUGACUCCUUAGCAAGAAACCAACUAGAGUCUCUCAUGUGUCUCCUCUCCACCGUGUCACAACCGGAACUCAUUUACAGUUCCGGCGAUGAUAACAAGUUCAAGCGAUGGGCUUUUCCAUCUUACAAUGCCACCGUCUCCCUCUUCUGGUCACCUCUACUAGUUAAACAUGUCGAAAAAGAGCCAUCUUUAGGAAAGAAUUAUAAUAAACUCUACAUGGAUUCAGUGGAUGAGAGAUGGGCUAGAGAACUGGAUGAAAUAGAUAUUGUAGUGUUCUCCGCAGGCCACUGGUUUCUCCUUCCGGCUAUCUACUAUGACACUGCCGGCGGGGAUGUUCUUGGUUGCCAUUACUGCCCGGAAUUCAACUACACUGAGAUUGGCUUCUUUGAUAUAUUCAGGAAGUCAUUAAGGAUUGCACUGAAUGAAGUUAAGAGAAGAAGAAGCAGAAGGAGGUCGUCAGAGAAGCUGGUAGUGUUGACGACGUUCUCACCGGCCCAUUUUGAAGGAGAGUGGAACAAGGCUGGAGCUUGCUCAAAGAUGGAACCAUUCAAGGAAGGAGAGAAGAAGAUGGAGUACAUGGAUGGGGAGAUGAGGAGGAUUGGAGUGGAAGAGGUGAGAAAAGGGAAUGAUGUGGAGGAGGAGGAGGAGGAGGUGAAUGGAAGGGUGAAGUAUGAGGUUGUGGAUGUUACUGAGUUGGCUUUGAUGAGAGGUGAUGGACAUCCAGGACCUUAUAUGAAUCCAUUUCCAUAUGCUCAAGGUUACAAGGAAAGGUUACAGAAUGACUGUGUGCAUUGGUGUUUGCCUGGUCCUAUUGAUGCUUGGAAUGAGAUUUUGUUGGAGAUUAUCAAGAGUUGGAAGUGACAUGCAUGAGCUUUCUGAUUUUUUUUUUUCCUUUAUUUUUUUUUUCAAAGGUUGUUAGGCAAAAACAUGAGUGAUUUCUUUUGUUUUUUUCAAUGGGUUGUAUAUUUUCUAUCAUUGCGCCGAAAGGAAAAAUAAAAUCUCAACUCUCUUGUUGUAAGAAUGGUUUUAUUAGCU